AUGGAAGAUUUAAACAGUUGGUUAUCCUUCUACAUGAAUGAGAGUGCUAACCAUGAACAUGCCAUUCGAAGAUUUUGCCCUGCAAGAAUGGAGCAAGACCAAAGAGAAGAGUGCCAAGAUCAAGAAGCAGUAAUUAAUGAAAUUGAGUUAUGUUCUUCUGAUUCUACCAGCACUCCUUGUUUGGCUUCUUCAGAGGUUGAUGAUUUUGUUGACAGCUUCAUCAACAUGGAUCAGUACAAGUAUGAAAAUGAAGAUCAAGAGUCCCUAGAGAAGCAUCAAAGUUUUGAUCACUUUGUGGUGAAUGAUGAAGAUGGGAUUGAUACAUUCUCUAUGGUGAAUGAUGCCUAUGGACAUGUUCCAAUCAACAUGGAGGAUAAAGAGCUAGAAAUGAGUGGCUCCUUUGGUGCUAUACCUGAUCUUGUGCAUAGUGUGGAAGAGGCUGACCUUGGCAUGGACCAAGGGUUAGAUUUGGUUCACAUGCUACUGGCUUGUGCUGAGGCUGUGGCAUGUAGAGACACCCAAAGGGCACACUUGCUGCUUAACGAAAUUUGGGCUUUGGCUAGUCCUUGUGGUGAUUCAUUGCAGAGAGUCUCCUAUUGCUUUGCCACAGGAUUGAAGUGUAGGUUGUCACUUUUUCCUCAUAAUGUCUUCGCAAAUGAUACACACACAAUUAGUGUUAUGGAUGUCCCUUUGAUCACUAGGGAACAAAAGUUGGAAGCUUUUCAUGUCCUUUGCCAAACUACUCCUUAUCUUGCUUUUGGUUUCAUGGCUGCAAAUGAAGCUAUAUUGCAAUCAUCACAUGGAAAAAGCUCCAUACACAUAAUUGAUCUAGGAAUGGAACAUAUCCUUCAGUGGCCUUCCUUGUUAAGGGGACUUGUUUCAAGACCUGAGGGGCCUCCAAAGCUCCGGAUCACAGGGUUAAUCAGCAGUGAAGAUGACACAAAACUUAAAACUAGCAUGAAUGUUCUUGUGGAGGAAGCAAGCUCAUUAGGAAUACCACUUGAAAUUGUUGUAAUAUCAGAACCUGCAAUUCCAACACUUCUUACUAAGGAGAAACUGAACUUGAGAGAAGGAGAAGCUUUAUUUGUUAAUAGUAUCUUGCAUUUGCACAAAUAUGUCAAAGAAAGUAGAGGGUGUUUGAAGGCAAUUCUACAAUCAAUAAAGAAGCUAGGUCCAGUUGCUCUUACAGUGGUAGAGCAAGACACAAACCAUAAUGGACCCUUCUUCCUUGGGAGGUUUUUGGAAUCACUACAAUAUUACUCUGCCAUUUUUGAUUCUCUUGAGGAAAGUAUGCCUAGAAAUAGCCAAAAUAGGAUGAAAAUAGAGUGUGUACACUUCGCUGAAGAAAUUCGCAAUAUUGUUGCUUAUGAGGGCUCUGAUAGGAUGGAAAGACAUGAAAGGUUAGACAAAUGGAGAAGGAAACUAGGCCAAGCAGGAUUUCAGGUAAUGCCACUGAAAUGCACAAGUAAAGCUAGAAAGAUGCUUUCUGUUUAUGAUUGUAAAGGAUAUACAUUGACCAGUGAGAAGGGUUGCCUUCAACUUGGGUGGAAAGGAAGGCCAAUAAUGAUGGCUUCUGCAUGGAAAGUGGUAAGAUUGUAA